AUGCGGUUCUCGAAUUGUUCGCUCUUCUCUCGCUUAUUUAUAGAUACGUUCGAGACGAUGCCAUUUGCAAAAGGCAAAGAAAAUAGGUUUCAGUCUCUUUCCAUUGCUUUUACACGUCUUUGUUUUUUCUACUUAUUCUUCAUGAUUCUUCUUGCCCGCUCUGAAGACCACAGCUUUCCUCGCAUUGAGCCUGCCUCACACCGCAAGUUAUCAGUUCACUCUUCUUCUUCUUCUCCUCCUCCUACUCCCCCUUUUCUUCUUCUUUUUUCUUCUUCUUCUCCUCCUCCUUUUACUUCUCCUCCUCCUAAUCCUUCUUCUUCUUCUUCUUCUAAUCAUUCUUCUUCUUCUUCUCCUUUUCUUCUUUUUUCUUCUUCUUCUCCUCCUCCGUUUUCUUCUUCAUCAUCUUUUCUUCCUCCUCUUUCUCCUACUUCUUCUUUUUUUUCUUCUCCUCCUCCUAAUCCUCAUCCUAUUUCUUCUUCUUCUUCUAAUACUCCUCCUUCUUCUUCUUCUUCUUCUUCUUCUUCUCUUCCUUUUUCUUCUCUUCAACCUAAUCAUCCCCCUCCUCGGCUUUCUUCUUCUCUUUCUCCUCCUUCUUUUCCUCCUCAUCCUUCUUCUUCUUUUCAACCUCGUCCUUCUUCUUCUUCUUCUUCUUCUUCUUCUUCUUCUUCUGUGCACUCUGUCCCUUCAAGGCAUGAGUGA